UAAGUAAAAAGUAACUGUUCUUUAUCGAAAUACGCGGCGACCAUUUUGUUAUCGAUAUACAUAUAUAAACUCGAUAACGAUGUUAUCAGGUGGCCUUUAAAUGCCGGCGCAAGAAGAAGAUAGAUAACAAAGACUGUGCGUAGCCUUAAAAGAGUUUUCCAUGCAAUAAAGCAUCUAAAUAUGAACGCUUUAAGACACACAAUGUCCCUGGUGUCCCUGGGCACCUUCCAGCUCGGGCGACGGAUGAAAAGUCAACAUGUACGCGGCUUUUUGCUUGGCACUGGGCUGGGCCUUUCCACCUUCGCAACGGUCACGUACGCACAAGCAGAGGCCGCAAAGGUCAAUCGUAAGUUGAACAUAUCCAAGUUCAUGGCAGAGCCCAUUACGGAUCAGUCCGUCUUGCUGGCGGAUGAAGAAAACAUGCGCCAUCGCAUGGAACUGAUGAUCAUGGAGAUUCAAGCUGAAUUCUGUCGCGCCCUCGAGUCCGAGGAGUUCAGUGGCCAGAAAUUCAAGGUGGACCGUUGGCAGCGCAAAGAGGGUGGCGGCGGCGUCACCUGUGUCCUGCAAGACGGCGAGGUCUUCGAAAAGGCCGGCGUCAAUGUGUCCGUCGUGACGGGCAUGCUGCCACCAGCCGCCGUGCAGCAGAUGCGAGCACGGGGCAAAGAACUGAAAGAGAACGUCAAGCUGCCAUUUUUCGCCAGCGGCGUCAGUGCCGUCAUACAUCCGCGUAAUCCCCAUGUGCCGACCAUACACUUCAACUAUCGCUACUUCGAAGUGGAACUGCCCGAUGGCAAGAAACAGUGGUGGUUCGGCGGCGGCACCGAUCUGACGCCCUACUACCUGGACGAGAACGAUGCACGACACUUUCACCAGACGCUCAAGAGCGCCUGCGACGAGCACGACACCAGCUACUAUCCCAGGUUUAAGAAAUGGUGCGACGAUUACUUCCACAUCAAACAUCGCAACGAGUCGCGCGGCAUCGGCGGCAUCUUCUUCGAUGACAUCGAUGAGCCCAGCCAGGACAGCGCCUUCAAUUUUGUUACCAGCUGCGCCCGUGCCGUAAUCCCAUCGUAUCUGCCCCUGGUGCAGAAGCACAAGAAUGCCGACUACGGCAACAAUGAGCGACAGUGGCAGCUCCUGCGACGUGGCCGCUACGUGGAGUUCAAUCUAAUCUAUGAUCGUGGCACCAAAUUUGGCCUGUACACGCCGGGCGCGCGCUACGAGAGCAUUCUCAUGUCGCUGCCAUUGCACGCCCGAUGGGAAUACAUGCAUGAGCCGAAGUCCACGUCCAAGGAAAACGAUUUGUUAAUGGUUCUGCGCAAUCCUAAGGAAUGGGUUUAAUAUUGUUAAGGUCGAGAAGUUGAUAUUUAUAUUUUGUUAAUUGCUUAAAUGGGAAGGGUGCCUUUUAUGAUAAUCAUUUUUUUAGAAACGUAAGAAUUAAGCAUAUUUUUGCCUGUACAGUUAUUUUUUCUUUAAAAAAUUAA